GACCCACUGAUCUCGGCGGGGAGAUGGAGGUCCUGGCGGCAGAGACCCCAUCCCAGCAGGAGCGGCUGCAGGCCAUUGCAGAGAAGCGGCGGAGGCAGGCAGAGAUCGAGAACAGGCGCCGGCAGCUGGAGGAUGACCGGAGGCAGCUGCAGCACCUGAAGUCCAAGGCGCUGCGGGAACGCUGGCUGCUGGAGGGGACACCGUCUUCGACCUCAGAGGGGGAUGAGGACAUGAGGAGACAGAUGCAGGAGGACGAGCAGAAGGCGCGGCACCUGGAGGAGUCCAUCUCCAGGCUGGAGCAGGAGAUCGAGGAGCUGGAGAACACGGAUGCGCUGCCCACUGCCGCCGCCAGGGGGAGCGUGGCUGCCCCGAGCCCCGCCCCCGGCCCCGCCCCGAGCCCCGCCCCGAGCCCCGCCCCAGAAGACCAGAGGACCGAGGCGGUGCCGAACUCUCAGCAGACCCCGGUGGGCACGCCCAAAGAGAAGCAAAUCUCCAACACCCCUCUGAGGACAGUCGACGGCUCCACCAUGAUGAAGGCAGCCAUGUACUCGGUGGAGAUCACGGUGGAGAAGGACAAGGUGACGGGGGAGACCCGGGUGCUGUCCAGCACCACCGUGCUCCCCCGGGAGCUCCUCCCUCAGGGCAUCAAGGUCUACGAGGACGAGACCAAAGUGGUCCACGCCAUGGACGGCACGGCAGAGAAUGGGAUUCACCCGCUGAGUUCCUCAGAGGUGGACGAACUCAUCCACAAGGCGGACGAGGUCACGCUGAACGAGGCGGGGUCAGUGGUUGGGGCAGUAGAAACCCGGGGGCCAUCAGAAGAGGCUGUCCGGACCACGCCCUCCAGGCGGGAGAUCACUGGCGUUCAGGCCCAGCCUGGGGAGGCCACCUCGGGCCUGCCUGGCAUCCAGCCUGGCCAGGAGCCCCCAGUCACCAUGAUCUUCAUGGGCUACCAGAAUGUGGAGGAUGAGGCUGAGACCCAGAAGGUGCUGGGUUUGCAGGACACCAUCACAGCAGAGCUGGUGGUCAUCGAGGAUGCAGCCGAGCCCAAGGAGCCUGCCCCGCCCAAUGGCAGUGCGGCUGAGCCCCCCGCCACUGAGGGCUCCAGGGAAGAGAACCAGGUGGGGCCUGAGGCCCCCGCCACCGAGCCCCAGGACCUCGACAUGAAGAAGCAGCGCUGUAAAUGCUGCUCCAUCAUGUGACCUGCCCGGCUCCCCCAGACCCUGGCCCUGCCCUCUGUACCAGACACCCACAGCCUGGCCCUCCCGGCGCCUGCCCACCCUCCACCCACAGUCACAGGCCCAGGACCUGCCGUGUUGUCACGUGUUCCUUCCGAGUUUUCUUUCACUGGAAAGAGAGGGACAGGGGUCCCCCAUCCCAUCACCACCCCCCACACACCCUAAACCACUGAGCCGUGCACCCACGCCUGGUAGGAGAGACACGGACACACCCGCUUCUCCCCAAACGAGGGCCUCCCAUGUCACGGCAGCUCCUGGCCGGUAUGACCCAGGGCCUCAACGUGGCCCCAUGCCAGCCCACCUCCCUCUGGGCCUCCUGCCUGUGCCUUCCUGCCCCCUCCAAUGACGUCCCUGAGGGGACAACCCCCCAGGAGAGGGACCCUGGGAGCCAGGGGUCCUGGGAGCCUGCGCUGUCCCCGCUCAGCCUCUGUGGCAGGGUUCCCAGGCCAAGGCGCCUGGUCAGGAUCUUGGGCAACUGAGGUGAGGCUGUGCCUCUCCAGGGAGCCCCGGCUCAAGGUCUUGGGAUGAACAUGAGCCCCUCUGGACACCCCCAGCCAAUGCGCCCCUCCCCUCAGUGCUCUCUUUGGGCACAGCCAGUGGGCGAUGGAACAUGGGAAGGGGGCACCCUGGGGCCACGCCCCCCACUUAGGCAGGGUGUGACCCCUGUGCUGUCUUCUGGCCAGGCUGGGCCAGGGGUCUUCGAGAUGCAUCCUGCACAAGGCAGGGCCAUGCAAGCCCCAUCCUGAGCUCCCACUCCCACUGGGCCCCCCUAUCCUCCUGGUGCUAAUUUGGGGACCCUAGGGGACUGCCCCUGGCCCCUUUUCCAGCCUGCUUGGACCAGGGUCCCGGGUAUCCCCUACCAUACCACAGAGAUUGGGCCCACCGCCAGCUCUGCUGGGCUUGGCGCAUUCUGGGCAGUGGAGGAGGGCACCCUGCUCGCCUGGGACAGGGAGCUUCCCCUGGAUUGCAGCUGGAGACCUCCAUUUGCUGCCCAGCCUGAUGUGCACCUGCCUCCCCCACACUGAAAGGGGUGAGAGGCGGGGGGCUCCCCUCCUGGGGGUAGCUGACACCAAGAUGUACAGACACAUCUCCUUGGUUUCAGCCACACUUGUCCCCAGAGGCACAUUCGUGCACAUGCUCACAGGCCCUCUCGUGUGUGGGCUGCGGAUGACCAGGCCCCAUCUUGGCCCCUCCCCUAGGGGCCUGCAGCCUGGUGCCCACGGCCCAGGCUCCUCCCCACCUCAGAAGGGUGGGUGCAGGGCCCGCUCUGGAUGGCAGCCUGGGUCCCCAUCUCAGCUCUGCCCCUGGGUGGCUGGGAUGAGAGGUCCUCUAUGAGGUGACCUGAGUAGUGGCCAUGGGACCCCCCUUUCUCCUCGAGUUCACCCGAGUCCUCGAGCCGUGAGCCUCCGCUAAAGUGCCCUUGCUGCCCCCCUCUGCUUUCAAUGUGUGAUGAGGCCCCAUGUUCUUGACUUUCCCAGAGAAGCAAAUA